CCCAUAACUGCAACAGUGGUUUGUCACCGUACAAUAACACAUAUUGUCCGCAUUAUCGAUUGAAUCGAAGAUUCCAAACUAAGUCUCUGUUGAUGGAACGUAAUCCUAUUUGGUAGCGUUGGACCAAAUGAUGGCCACCAAUAACACCGGCGUCGAUACAGUCAACAGUGUCGAGUGUUUAGUUAGUCUCAUACAACGCACGUCGCCGCACGCCUGUUGUUCAGAAUAAUCGUAUCUAAAUAAUGAAAUUGACCUUCAUUGCGCGGGUUAAUUACAGGAAUUUCGUGGAUCGGAACGCAACGCACUUGUUUGGUUUUUUCAAUUCGGUUUUUGAAGUAAAAAUGUGAUUUUAAAAAGUGUAACUUUAUAUAAAUGUGUAUUUGUGUACUGGAAAAUAUUAGUAACUGCUUGCUGCUUACCAAAAUAUAAGGCAUUAAAAAUGAUUCUUUCCACUUUCUGCGUCCUGGCGCUGACGACGGUUGCGGGAGCGCUGCGCGUCGGCGUCGGGAUAGCGGACGUCACCGGCCCACCCGCAGAGAUCGCCUUCAUGGGUUACGCUCACUUUCAACAAAUCGGGCAUGGCAUACACUUACGGCAGUUUUCGCGUGCAUUUGUGCUGGCUGACGACACCGGAAAUAGCUCACAGAGGAUCGUGUUCGUCACUGUGGAUGCUCCAAUGAUGGGCCACGGCGUUAGAAAAGAGAUAAUAAAACGUCUCCAAAAGCGCUUCGGUGAUAUCUACAGCGAAAACAACGUUAUUAUAAGCGGUACUCAUACGCAUUCGACCCCGGGAGGGUUUCUCAUGGACUUCCUCUUCGACCUGCCUAUCCUUGGCUUUGUCAAGGAAACCUACGUCAGUUACAUUGCCGGGAUAUUUAAGAGUAUAGUUAUGGCUCACAACAAUUUGACGCCAGCACGGAUGGAGUACGGUGAGGCAGAGCUACUGGACGCGAACAUCAACAGGUCACCCACCUCUUAUUUGCGGAAUCCACCCGAAGAGAGAGCUAAAUACAAAUACGACACCGACAAGACGUUAUCCCAGGUUCGUUUCCUGGCGCCCGACAGCCGCAUCAUAGGGGUGAUCAACUGGUUCGCGGUGCACCCCACCAGCAUGAACAAUACCAACAAGCUCAUUUCCUCAGACAACGUUGGAUAUGCUUCUGUUCUGAUGGAGAAAGCGUUGAACGGCAAUGGGACUUAUCCUGGAAAGGGUCGCAUAGUCUGCGCGUUCGCGUCCACAAACCUCGGCGACGUGUCCCCCAACACUCGUGGUCCUCGUUGCAGCAUCUCCGGCAAAGUUUGCGACCAGGAGAAUUUGCUCUGCAAGCUACCUGGCGAAGAGUGCUUCGCAUCCGGCCCAGGGCGAGACAUGUUCGAGAGCACGCAGAUCAUCGCCACUAAGAUGUUCGAGACGGCUAUGAAAGUGUUAAAACAACCAGGGGAAGACCUGACGGGUCCAAUCGGCGUCGUACAUCAAUAUGUGGAUAUGCCAAACCAGACCGCGAAACCAUAUGAUCCUGUUACAAACACCUUUAACGCCAGUGCGAAAGUAUCCGGUUGUCUUCCGGCCAUGGGCUACAGUUUCGCGGCGGGCACGACGGACGGGCCGGGCGCCUUCGACUUCAAGCAGGGCACCACCACCAGCAACCCGUUGUGGAACGCCGUGCGGGACUUCAUCGCGGAGCCCACUGACGAAGACCUCAAGUGCCAGGCACCGAAGCCCAUCCUGCUAGCUACGGGACGGGCAAAAUUCCCCUACGAGUGGCAACCCAAAAUAGUGUCGUGCAGUGUUGCCCGCAUCGGCGGCUUGUUCCUGGCCGCCGUGCCGGGCGAGUUCACCACCAUGUCGGGGCGGCGCCUGCGGCGAGUCGUGCAGCAGGUCGCGGGACCCGGGAGGGUGGUGUUGGCUGGCUUGUCAAAUAUCUACUCGGAUUAUAUUGCCACGCCUGAGGAGUAUCAGGCGCAACGAUAUGAAGCUGCGUCAACAAUUUAUGGUCCGCACACGCUUGACAUCUAUCUCAAUAAGUAUGUAGAGCUGACUGAAGCUUUGGUUAAGGGAGUGACACUGGAGCCGGGUCCCCAGCCGCCGGACUUCAGUGACCAGCUCAUCACACUCGUCCCGCCCGUGCUGUGGGACGCCGCGCCCUGGGGCAAGGAGUUCGGAGACUGCACAAAACAACCGCAGACUGAAUACAGCUACGGGGAUAUUGUCACCGCACUUUUUGUAUCAGGUCAUCCUCGCAACAACAUUCGCCACGGGAACUGGUAUGCGACGGUGGAGAGACUUGAGUCCGAAGCAGAUGACGCCUGGACGGUGGUUGCCACAGACGCCGACUGGGAGACCAAAUACAUCUGGCACCGCAACAACAAGGUGCUGGGCACAAGCCACUCGGAAGUCCAGUGGCACAUCCCUGUCGGCACGCCUCCCGGCACCUACCGCCUGCAUCACUACGGCAGCUACAAGUACGUCCUCGGCGGUAUCUACCCCUACCACGGCUUCUCCAACAGCUUCGAAGUCAGAUAAUUGCCAGUGCUCAUUUAGUCGAUUUUUAAUACUCUAUUUUUAUACACACAUCGGGAUUUUCGGUGCGGUGCGUUAUUGAAUUAAAUAAAUAAAUAGUUUAAAAACCACUAGAAAAACACGCUUAUGAUACGAUAUUCCAUCAUGGAAUGCCAGUGCUUAUCUUUCGGCUUCAUCAUCAGACCUUGAAACCUAAUCGUGGUCAAAGUUCAUUACAAGACCUUUCUAACAAAUCCAAACACAGCUAAGAUACGAUGUUCCAUCAUGAAGUUCCAGUUAAUAUCUUCCGGCUCCAUCAUCAGAUCAGUUCGGCAGUACCAUAUUAUUGUAUUGUCAUCAGAACUACAUACAGCUGCCAAUUUUCAUGACGCUACGAUCCUUGGAAGUUGGUUAUAGUACAUUAUGAUACAAGUGUGCUAAGUUGCUCAUUACAUUAGGUACACACGAGGCGAUAUUGUGUUGUGCGCGCGAGCUGCAAGCGAGCGCGAGCGCGCAAUAAGAAAGCCGAUGUGUGUAAUGACAAUGACCAUAGUACACGCGUUUCAUACGACGUUUUUCAAUACACUUGCGAGGAAAUAAGAAACUUUAAUAUUAAUAAAAUUUUAAUUGUUAAAUCGGUUAAUUAGUAACUGUUAAAAAUCUGUGGAAUAAAAACGCCGUUUUGAGCAAGCGUGUUGAAAAAUUAGUUACCUUAGAUUCCAUUACAUAGUUACAUACAGCUCGACCUAAUAAAAGCGUGUUAAAAACAGAAUGUACCACAGCAGGUUUCUACCUAAUUAAUGAAUAAUUAAUUAAACAAAAGAUCAAAUUAUAUUUUUUUUAUAUGUAAACAAACUUUGUUACCAAGUUAAACUUUUUUUUUCAUCACACCAACGUUAGGAAAAUACUAACUAUAAAACAUAAUAUAAAUCAAAUCCAAAUGAACGUUAUUUACUACCUAUCAUUGAAAAUAAUCAUUUUAAAAUUCAAUUCUACUCGCCAACAUUAGAAAUCCACUCAAAAUUUAUAUCAAAUUACUUCGCCACUCUUGUGGAUAAAAUGCAACUUUCUCUUCCGUUAUUGAAAGAUAAAGAGGGUCUUCACGAGCUUGUGAGGUGAAAAUAAAAUUUUAUCAUCUUACUCAAAUCAUUCCCGCACCGAAAAUCCCGAUGUAUAAAUCGAAUAGUCAUUUCCCGUGUCUUAUGUUGAAAUCAAAAAGUUAUCGAUUGUAUAAUAUAAAUCAGGUAAAUUUUAAGAAAAACUCGUGUCUCCACUCCAAGCUUAGGAGGCGAAGUAUGCCACUGUAAGGCGCCAUACAUUUGUAUGGCGCCUUACAGUCAAAUGUCAACUUUUGUACUAGAGUGACCGCAUAGUGUAAAUUAGAAGCAUGUUUUUUUCUUAGAGUACAACUGGAUGGCUGGAAUGGUCGAAAUGCAGUCACAUAAAAAAGUCUCAAGGGAGUUAUGUGUUUAACUAUGACAAUUGUUAUACAAUAAAUUAAUAUGUUAAUAAAUACCAAAGCAGAUGUAAGUCGUAAAUUGUGUCUGUGUAGGUAAUGCUUAGGUAUAUAUGAAUAAUAGAAAAUAUGAUUGAUACAGGGAGGCGAGGAAGGCGACAACCGCUUCUCCAGUUUAUACUUUUCAGUAUUUUCUACUCUUAUUAUUAACAUUAUAGAAAGUAUGUUUACACAAUUUAAUAUAUAUUCAAUACAAAUAAUAAUUAAAAAUUGCUAUGGUUGUAUGUAUAUCUAUACAUCAAAAUGUUAAUAUCCAGAGAACAAAAUGGGGACUACGUUUAUAUGGAAAUGCGGUAUAGAUCUUGUCAUUCACGACAACGCGUGCCUUGACUCGUAUUGUCAGGUUAGAUUUGACAAAUCAACGCGUCAUCGUGUAACAAUCUAUCGACCUACCCAUGUAACAAUCUAUAAUGCUAUAUUUUGCAUCGGUAUAUAUAUAUAUAUAUAUAUAUAUAUAUAUAUAUAUAUAUAUAUAUAUAUAUAUAUAUAUAAGACAAGGUUUCUUCCAUUGAGUAAUAAUACUAAUAAUGGAUAUGUUACGUAGUGAGUAGAUAGUGUCAAAGGUAUAAUGUAAAGAUGCUUAUGCCUUUUUACUUAUUAUUUGCCAGUGAAAUAAAUUGGCAUCAUUUUUGUCGUUACGAUGGUAGCUGCGAUAACGAUUUACCGUUAAUUUAAAACAAGAUCUAGAUUUUGGAUUACAUGUUAAUAUUUGAUAUGUUAUUGUACGGUUUUAUUUAUAGAUAGCAUUUUGUUUUACUUUAAUAUUCUCUUGAUUGUCCGUUUAAUCAGUAAAGUUAAGUCAAAAUAAAUAUAGCAGGUUUAUGUCAAUAAAUAAAGAGCUUAUUGACAUAAACAUGCUACUUUUCCAAUAUUUGCUCCAAAUGAAGGAAAUUAUAACAUCGUUUCAAACUUUUAAAUUUGUUCUUAUGGAUUAUCAAUUAUGAAGAACAUAUUAUGAAGCAGUCCCGGGUUCAAUUCAAAUCCUUGUAGGUAAGGGCAUUUUAUUAUGUGUUGAUCACUAAUAUUUGUUUCUGAGUUAUGGAUAUUAUUUUUGUAUUUAAGUAUGUAUCUGUAUCUAUCUAUUAUAUUUAUCGUCGUGUAAUACUCACUACGCCUUAUAGAUCUUACUGUGGGGUAGGCUCAAACCGUUGUGUAAGAUUGUCUCAUAAUAUUUAUUUAUCUAUCAUAUUCCUAUCGGUAAAUCAACAUGAAAUAUUUAAUUAUAUAUCUGAAUCAAUAAGCUCGGCUCGUCAUCAGUGGGCUCGUCUUUCAAAUAUUUGGAUAGUCGCUCGUAGUAUGGAGGACUGAAGAUACGCGGGUUUUUCCCUGCAAGUUUUGCAUCAACUUGCCAGAAAAGUUUACUUUCGAAAACAACGAGAAUUUGGAGAAAUAUGAAAUUGAAAGAGGCUAAAAUCAUGUCAUGAUGGUCAUAUUUUGCCAUAGUUGUGAUCUAAAUGUAUUUUUUUGUGUGUGAGUAAAUUGCAAUACCGCGGAUGUACAAGUUACAGUGAAAAUAACCUUGGAAAAACUUCGUACAUGAAUAUUGUUGUACAAAAAUUAUACAUAAGACCCGUGCAACGUAUAUUUUUAAUGGUAUUGUUUAUGUUAAGAUAUAGGGGCAUGAUAUUUUAUUAACAUCAAUUGGUUUUUAUAAAAACUACAGAACUAAAACUGGAAAAGCGAUACAUUUGGACAAGACAGGUUUCAGUAAAAAGCGGUACUCUUUAUUUAUUUUUUAAUAUAAGUAUUAAAUUUAAAUACGAAUAAUGACUUUGCCUCGAUAAACAUUGUAUUUGAUUAUUAUAACUUAGUUGAUUAUGCUGGGCAUUUUCCGCAAAUCGACAACCAUAGUGCCUAAAAAUGACUUAUUGUGAAAAAUAAAUAAAUACAUACCUAUGUCUGUCUUAGCCAUUUGGUUAAAUUAGCCUUUAGCAUUUUAUGCCUAGGCCAACAGUUAAUAGAACUAGAAUCACUUAACGUUUAACAACAUGGCGUACUCAUUGGGAAGUCAACCUUUUGAAAAUGGCUGAUUCAAUCAGCCGAGAGCAAAGUUAUUCAAAUUUAACCUAAAAAAAUUUAAAAAUGGAAUAAAAUAAAUAAAUAAAAUAACCUAACCAAACCUAAGCAAACAUCAUAAAUUCAGCACAUGUCCAAUUUAACUAAAUGACUACCUACACGAUGUUCAGCCGACACGCGACGUUCUGGUUAAACGGUGCGCUCAAACGUUUAAUGAACGGUCUAGGCAUCUAAUUAGCUGGCUUAUUUAACCAAUUGGCUGGGACUGUAUCUACUUUGAUAAUUUAUAUAAUAAAACAUUUAAAAACAAUUAGAACGGGUUUCAUAUGCAAUUUGUAUGUAUACAUACAUAGUGACUAUUUUCAGGGUUCCGUACCAAAAAGGUACAAAAGGAACCCUUAUGACGACCAGUCUGGCCUAGUGGGUAGUGACCCUGCCUAUGAAGCCGAUGGUCCCGGGUUCAAAUCCUGGUAAGGGCAUUUAUUCGUGUGAUGAGCAUGGAUAUUUGUUCCUGAGUCAUGGGUAUUUUCUAUGUAUUUAAGUAUUUAUAAAUAUUUAUAUAUUAUAUAUAUCGUUGUCUAAGUACCCUCAACACAAGCCUUAUUGAGCUUACUGUGGGACUUAGUCAAUUUGUGUAAUAAUGUCCUAUAAUAUUUAUUUAUUUUAUUUAUUAUUUAUUUAUGGUGCGACUGUCCGUCCAUCCGUCAGUCACAUCACUAAAUAUCUCGAGAACUACUUAAGCUAUCAAUUUGAAAUUUUUGAAUAGUCACGAAGAACGCCCAUACAGACACUCAGUGUUGGCCGAACGUUAAUUAGAAUUGACCAUUAACCAUCACAAAAUGAACCGUAAACUGUAUCCACCA